AUGAAUACUCAAGCACUAGGCUAUUCAAUUCAUAAUCCAAUAACUUUGGAUCUGGACCUGGAUCUGGAUCUGGACCAGAACUUCGAAGAUGCUCUAGAUGACUUCAGCCAAGUAGAUAUCAAAUGUGAAAAUUCCAAUCUCAUUUCUACCGAUGAGCAUAUUUGGUCGAGUCCUCAAUCAUUUAGACAGAGUCUGCCAUUCUCAUCAAUACAAGCUACUCCAUUGAGGACAAAUCUGUUCAAACACGAACUUGACUACUUGGCCAAAAAUUACUUUGUGUUUGUUGAGCCUCUAGGAUACUUCUAUCUGGAAAAAAGACAUUUUUUCAUCUCUUCAGAUUCAAAAUAUGCUACUUCCAAGUUAUAUAUAAAGUCGAAAGAAAGAUUUCUUGACCUCAUUAGCAAACUAACAAAACAAUCACCUUAUUACAACCAAAUAGAACGUGAGUCAAAUAUUGUGAAUGUGGCUACUAUUCCAAGCCCUAUCCCUGGCAUUGAAAUAGAAGAAUUUGCCUUCUGUGAUUCCUGUAAAUACACCAGCUGUAUUGGGCGCGUCCCAGUGAAAUGUACCAGUCAUGGAUACAUGAGAAGGGGUGAAGGCUAUAGAGUGGAACUGGGAGGUUUCUUUCUAUUGAAGGAAUUCCCACGUAUGCCUUCUUUACCUGAUACUCCUCCACCAAGCACUCCAAAUAUGUAUGAUCGUAGUCCGACCAUACCUUGCUCUUCUCCCAUCCGCCGCCGAUCUCGCUUCACCAAUAGAGACUUGCAAGUCGAAUUCAAGGGCCCUCUUAUCACCGAAAUCCGUGUGAGAGAAUCUGAGAAUAUGACCGCUGAUGCCUUUUUGCAAAAAUACGCCAAUAUCAAAUUCAUUCCUGAUGUGGGGUUAUACUGGCACGAACAUGAACGUGUGUUUUUGGAUAGAAACUCUGAAAUUGUUCACAAAUCAUUGUCUUCUAUCAUUGACAAAUGCAAGUUUCUUGAAACACACAUGCAUGCAGUAAUGCUGAAUUCCUACUACUGGUAUUUGUUAGCCAGUGCUAAUACGCUGUCCGAGGUACAUAUAUGUCUUGAAUGGUUGAAGGAACCUCUAAGUGGCAUAGAACCUUCAAAGAUCCAGUACUGCCCUGAUUGCAUCAAUUCGGCUAUCAUCGAUGACCAUUGUGAGGUCGAUAACCUUAAUGUUCUAACUGGGAUGGGAUACAGAAUGGAGCUGGGGUCUAUUUUCUUAUUAGCACUGGGUGGAGGAAUGACAGACAUUUUGGAAGAUCAACGAGAGGAGGCUCCCGAUCUCGAAUAUUAUGCCUCUGAUUCUGGUGCUGUCUUCCUGAGCGAUGAACAAGAAGCUGAGGGGUCAGUAGACUAUGCUUCUGAUAUGGAAAAUCUCACAGUAGAUGGUCAAGAAGGUGACGAAUUGACAGCAGUAAAUGGAGAAUCUGAGUCGGAUACUCUCUUAGAAGAUGAAGUUCAAGAAGGUGACUUUAGAUCAUUUGACGAUUCUUCUGAUUCGGAUAAUCUCUUUGUAGAUGAUGCACAAGAAGAUGAUGAAGAAAUGAUUGACAUUGCAAUAGAUAAUGAUACUGAAUCGGAUAAUGACGAAUCAGACAUUUCAGCCUAUGAUACCACCGAUGAUGGUCUUGAUAACGAACGUGAUUCAGAAGAAAAUAUAUUAUAUGAUGAAGAUCCUGUUAGGAUCUCCACUGUUAGUGGAUGGUCUCAGCUAAAAAAGAAAGGUAUUUGUCAAAUUAGCAAUCUUCUUUGGCUGAGAGGACAACAACACUUCCUUGACAUCACCUCCAGGGCUUUCAGAUCGUUUCUCAUGGGUACAGUGUCAAAUGCACAAUACACCCAGAUGUUGGAAGAUGUCGAGGAAUGGGUCGAUCUAAUGCCUCAGUACUAUAGAAUUCCAAAAGAUACCAAGGGUAGAACAUUUGAAAUUCCCCUGCCCUUUUCAAGACUCCCUCCAAAAAUACAUACCUACUGUUCGGAAUGUGGAUUUGUAAUAGGAUUCAACGAGAACAAUGAAAACUUGAGAAGCUCUUCCCGUCAUGCAAAGAAUACUGGUCAUGAUAGAUUCAUCAGUCGCCAAGGGUAUGCUAUCAGAGCCGCAACAGGAUUCAAUCUCUUGGUCAUAUUUGGGUCUAACGAAACAGUCAGUACAUGUGAAUCGGAAGAUGGCGAUUAUGAUGAUGAAGAUAUUGUUAUUCCUUCAUUCGAAGAGGGACUGGGUUCACCAUUCACACCCCCUGAAUUCAUAGUGGAGCCGUACUCCACAGACGAAGAGGCCAGCGACUACGAACAAGAGCCUGAAUCUCUUCCACCUCCAUCUAAGGAAGAACAAUAUGAAGUGUCCGAACUAUUGAAACAUUCCCAUGGGUUAGUUUACGAUCCUAUCUUCUACUUGUACUACUACAUAACAGAAGAGCGGUAUGUUGACGUGAAUUCAAAGUUUUUCAAAAACACAUUGGAAGAUAUUGGUGACCACAAAAGCCGCAUUCGAAACUUGGUGGACCGUGUCAUUAGCACUCAAAUCAUUGACUCUCGAAAAUUCGAGAAGAAAGUAACCAGAGGUCACAUCCACUGGGCCAAAGAGUUGUCCGAAGUAGCUCGCUGGAAGAAGCUAUGCUUUUGUAAACAAUGCUAUCAGGUAUUCAAAACAAAAACUGCAUUUUCCAAGCACAGGCGUGAAUAUGCGAACAUGAGCGAAAGAGAACAUGCUGGUCAUGAUAUAAGUGCGGAUUUUAAAGGAUACCUUUUGGAGCGACCAAAGGGCCUCUACUAUGCAAUUGGGAUUCCAGAUGAUGUUGCUCAAGCCGAAGCUGCUGAAGCCGAAGCUACCGCUACUGCUGAAGAAAUUGCAAGUCUGAAAUCGCAAUGGGUUAUGGGUGGGCCUGGGUGGACGGUGGAAGAAUAUGAUAUCAAAGUGCAAUGGUUGGAGGGCAAGCUAGGUAUGCCUCCCGACCAAUUCUUGGCCAAGCACAACUACUUACUAGUGAAGGAGGUUGGUUUAUACUACGAUUUCACGCAGAAGUGGUUCCGAAGUAUAACACACAGGUUGCUGAGGAAGGUCUUCUUCGGCGACUUAAUACUGACGGUGAGGCGUGAGUUAAUAUCUUACAUGCUCCACAAUAUGGAUAGAAAGUAUGAAUACAUGUUGGCACCCCGUCACCAGCAGCAAGUUGCUACUUUGGAAGCAGCAGUAAAAUAUGACGGUCCAAUGGUGGCGGUGGAAAGUGGCAACGAAGAGCAUCUAGAUUUCGAGUUGGUAGAUAAUUGCAUACAGCCAACUAAAUACUACAUGUGUCAUGUGUGUAAGUUCAUUGCCCACCACUCCAGCGUCUCCGCUCAUAUCAAACAAGCCAAGCACCAACGAGAAGAGGGACCUGAAAAACAUGUUGUGUAUGGUUACAGUGUUCGGAAUGUAGAGGCUAAGACAAACUACUUCCGAAUUCAACACAAUCUAGCCAGUAGUUUUCACGAACCAACAGACAGCACUGCUGACUCUCAAAUUGUAGAUCCGUUUUUAUCCAGAUACAAAGCGCAUGAGUAUACAAAGUUCCGUUCAUUUUUGAACAUGUCUAAUGACAAAAGAUGGCCACGUUUGGUACAAUUGUGCAAGAAAUAUGUAACCAAGAAAAGAUUAGCUUUGAGCAUCGGAUCUUCUCUCUCAGCACUCAUCAAAAACCCCCGGUUCUGUAGCACUCCAAACUCAGCCCUGCGAUACGGACCCAUGCUUGCCAGAUUCCUCUUUGUUGCCAUGAAAAUGUGCGAGUUGAAGGAACACAAAGCAAUGGAAGAGUUUGAGCAAGUAUUCUGUGCCAACAAAAAACAGGGACUACGAAGAUUUUUCGGUCAAAUGACGAAAUUUGGUGCGUUCUGGUUGUUGUCUCCGGUACUAGUGUUGCAGGAAGACGAUUCAAACGCCAUGGAAGAUGUCUUUAUGAGCAGUCUAAUGGUGUGUCUUCUUGAUGAAGGAGGAAUAGGAUUCAAGAUCAAGUCGUACCGCUGCGAUUUUUGCAGUGGUUUAUCUUUUGCAUUCAAAUGCAUAGCUGUUGAUGUGAUGAAAAAAGACAAGUCUUAUGUCCGACCUUUUGUUGAGGAUUGUAACAGGGCGGCAUCCAUAGCACUCAACUUUGGCCGAUUUUGCAAGUUCAGUGCCGAUGUACACUCGUUGAGUCCUCGUACAUUUGGAAGGACCAUGAACGUGCUACAUGUUGGAGACAAAAUAAGAAUAAAUACAUUUGAAGUCGGACUCGACGACAUCAAAAAAUGGGUCCAUACUGCCAUUCAGCAAUAUGUACUUGAAGUUGAGGAACUUUUCAUGGACAUCAACAUCACGCCGACCAUGGCCAUGAAUGAGAUGAUGGCAGCACAAAAACCAAGAGUUGUUGGAAUGCCUCAAACUAGUUACAACUGGGAUCAAAGGGAUAUCGACAGAUGCUUGGAAAUUAACCUGGUUGAUAAGUAUGACAUCAAGAGUCUUCAGUAUUUCCGUCGCCGACUCUCUAGAUUGAACGACUUGUUUUUUUACAUGAUCUUGUUGACGUGUGGGUCUCCGUAUCGUUUAACGGAAUUAUACCUGGUUCUUAUUCGUAAUGAAGAAAGAUUGGGAAGUAAUGUGUUUGUUGCUGAUGGGAUGCUUGGACUCUUUACCAACAAUGGAAAGAACAGUAUGAAGUAUAGUCGAGAACGUCCUAUUCUCAAGAUGUUGCCCGAAGAGGUGUCAGAGUGCUUGGCUCACUAUAUCUAUUUUGUCAGGCCAUUCGAACACACUCUUGUCGAAUACCAAGAACAAACCGGUUCAUUGAGCCACAUAGAGUUCAAGAAACUAAGUGAUAAAUACAAGCUCCAUUUGUUCGUGGGAGAGAAACAAAUCAAAAACAGCACUACUCUUGGAAAAUCGUUCCGUAAGUUCAUAAAUAAAACAACUCCAAAGCUUAGAGGAAUCAUGUACGGUGAAAUAAGACAAGUGCUUUCAUAUUUUGUUGGGGCGAACGUCUCUGGGAUGAUUGGAUUACAGAUCAAGAUUGACAACACCCUUGCCGAACAGGCUGGGCAUUCGUUUAGUAGGUUUGUCGAAAGUUAUGCCACAAAUAGAGAUGGUUACAAUCAUGUAAUGCUUCAACGAAUGAGAGACUGUCUGGCAGCCUGGCAUACGUGUUUGGAGAUGAGUACUCUUCAGAUAUUUACGCCUAGCGUAUUUACUAGGAACGAACCACCGAAAUUGACAGGUGAAGAACUUAUAGAGGCUGGCAGACAGAUGUUUGGACAACACUUCAAGUUCAAGGAGGGCCAGCAACAGGCUACAUCGGAUGUGGCUAAUUGCUUCAGUAUGAUGGUUGCUAUUGACCUGGGAAAGACGACUUGUUGCAUCAUUGCGAUGUUGGCGGAGCGUACCCACAGUCUUCGCCAGACCGACCGAGGUAAAAAGACUCACUGUGUUACGAUAUUUGUGGUACCUUACAUUUCUACACUCAACUCCACCAUCCGCCAAUUGACCGAAAAUUUCAAUGUGCGUACGUUUGAUGGCUCUGUUGGACAGGUCAACGACUAUGAUGUGCUAUUGAUGCUGCUUGAAGACGGCCACCUUAGAUAUCUUAAUCAGGUAGUCAGACAUUUUCAGUCUACGAACUAUCAAGGCAAGACCUAUCUCCGCCGGGUAGUGGUUGACGAUGCCCAUAUCUUGCAGAUGAAACAAUAUGUGGUCGAUGGAAACAAAAAUGUACCUGUUGUAUUUUUGACGUCAUUUCUUCCACAGAAGGAAGACGCUACGAUGAGUAGAUUAUUUAAUAUCAAUUCCUUGGUAAGGGUGUCGUCACAGGAACCACUCUUGCCACAUAAAGAAUUCACUCUUUUCAAGAAGCCUAAUACCACUUCAAUAUGUCAGACGGUUCUAGAAAAAGUUAGGAGUUUCGGUUCGGCAAUUGUGAUUGCUGAGUCUUCUGAUAAAGUGUCAUACUUGGUAAGUCAAAUGGCCGACGAGGUUCCAUGUAUAGGUAUCUACGGAUCCCCAGUCAGCAGAACAGCUGCUUUGAAUAAGAUGGCCAAUGAGAAUAUCAGGGUUGUGGUUACUACGGCAGAAGCAAUGGUGGGUCUUCAUAUGUUGAAACCUACAACCGUCUUGUUUGCAUAUUCGAUUAAUAAUCCAAUAGAAUUGCUUGUUGGCAGUCAAAUGAGCAGUGGAAAGGUAGACAUGGUAUUGCUCAACUUUUAUUCGUCUGAGUUUCAACGAGACUUAUUGGACACUUGUGUUAAUUUAAUGGUAACGAGACAUAUGCGUUUAACGGAACAAACUUGUUAUGAGGCUGGUAAGGAGCGGUGUCAUGCUUGUGUCAAAAAGAGAAGACAUGCUUGA